CUCACUGACUAAACACUGUGAUGCCCUGUAGCCCGACAGCAAUCGUGUCGGACAGACAACCCGGUUUUUUCAAGUCGGCUGGAAUAUGUCAGAUUGCCCUGAGUUUAUGGGGCUGGUGCUGUUAGCUCUGGCCUUGUUGAUCUCUCUGUGUUUCAAUGUCAUCUUCUGCAUCAGACGCAAAACCACUUUGUGCAGAGACAAAGACGAGUGCUGCUUCACACAUAUUUAUACAGGAGAAAGCCCGUCACAGGAUGAAGGGCAUUAUUUUCAUAACCUCAGUCAUAAUGAGCAGCAGGAAAAUCCCCGAGAUCGUCAUGAGGAACAGGAAAAUCCAAUCUACGGCAACAUCAGCUCAGACAGAAGAGACUCAGUAGAGGCUUGCUAUGAGAUGAUGACCAUGCACCACACAAGAGAUCGUAUGAAGUGUUUGGAGUCUGACCUGAAUUAUGCCUCGUUGGAUCUAAAGACGGCAAAGAAACGCAUGAAGAAGAAUCGUCAUCAGCAAGGCCACGGUCAAGGGCGAAACGAACUUCAAGAUGAGCUGCCGGGCUACCUCACAACCCCACCGAAUGCUUUCUUGGAGGUGGAAGUGGACAUGGAUGCACACCUUCCUUCAAGAGACACCAGCGCCAUGGUGUCACACAGCAGUAUCUACCUGAACAGUCAACAGAUAGCCCAGGAGACAGAGGAGAUGGAAAGAGAAAGGGGCAUAAACAUGGAGAGGGAGAACAUGGGUUGGGAGGGAAUACGAAGGAGGGAGGAUGGGCAAAGUAGAGAGUGGAAAGAAGAGCAAGCGAGUGAGGGAAGAGAAGUUAGACAAAAUGGUAGUGUAUGCACACAGCUUCCAGAGACAGAGGCCAUUCAGACUGGCCCAGAUCAUCUCAUCAGAACCUUUAGCUUUGAUAUUGGACAACAAGAUUAGACAGACAUCAUAUUAAAGGUAUUUCCAACCUCAACCCAGUAUUCCCAUGUUUUUGUAUCUAAGUGAAUAAUGGGGAAAAACAAUUUUGAAAUUGGUCCAGCAUUGAGCAAGAGGGCUGCAGCCAGCAGCCUCGAAACAGGCUGCAAUGUAACCAGUAUGGGCAUGUGCACAAUAUCAGUGUACAUCCACAACAUGUACUUGUUUUGCCACUUAGAGGCUCAGAUUAUUAUUCUUAAUGUCUGACAAAAUUUUGUAAGGAUCCCUUAAGAGAUAGACUUUUUUGUUUUAAAAAAAGAGUCCCACAAUCGCUAUUGCAAAAUCUACCAAACAGACUAGUAAUUUUGUCCAAGGGUGCACAAUAAUAUCUGCAUGUCAUCUGUAUCAGCAGAUAUUGGCUUUAAAGUGGAACUUCAGAAUUGACAAAUAUGCUGAUAUCUGCCAAUAUUACAAACUUUUUUUUAAUUGGAAAAGUGAACAUGGACAAAACAUCAGCCCAAAGUUCUUUUUUCUUAUUUUGCAUAAAGAAUUAAUAUCACAUACAUUAAAAAAGCAUUGCAUUUUACAUCUCCAUCUCUAUCUGCAUAAUCUGAUGUUAAUUCCACUACAGAAGAGGCUUGAUCACUAAAAUUAGGCGGGGGAAAAAUUGAAUAUAUUGGCAUAUUGAAUAUCGGCAAAAACAUAAAUAUCUAUUUUAUCCUCAUAAAAGAACUUUUCAUUCAGUAAACAAAAAAAAAUUAACUCACAAAAAACAUGUUGGAUGUUUUUUUUACUGUUUCAACAAUCACUAAUUCUGACUUGGUUGAAAGAAACCCUCAAUUCACCAAAUUCAAUGU